UGAUAGAAAUUGAGACCAGGACCUUGUCAGAGACGUUGUCCUCAACCUGUCUGAGAGAGAAGGAGAUUAGCUGCAUUUGUGAUUGUAACAAUGAAUCGAGUGCUGUUAUCAAGUGCUCUUCUUGUUUUAAAUUUCAGCACAAGGCAUGUUAUAAAUUACUGAAUGACCAGGAGAUACCACAUCACAUCUGUGUCAAUUGUCAUGAGCCCGACAACUCAGAAAAAUCAUGCACACAUCCAGAUCUUGUUUAUAAUGAGAAUCGAAAGUUUGAAGCUUUGUAUAGAAGAGCAUUGAUUCUGUGCUUGAACUCAGUUAGAGUAUCACCAAACACUUUUGUAAGUACACUCAACUUCCCUCGACAAGUUGCUCAGAAGAUACUCAACCAGCUUGACUCUGAUGGAUUUCUCUGCUCUCCUACUGGCAAGAGAGGCAAUGUCCGAACUAUUAAAAUCGAAUACUUGAAGGACAAAGCAUUCACUAAGUAUUUUACUGUCCAUAAUGAGGAAUCUAUGGAUGAAGAAUAUACCGUGGGUCCAGCAAAACGUUUGAAGUAUGCUUCCAUCAACAGAGGAUUAUGCAUUGUCUAGGAGUAUAGAGGACACCAUCUGGUACAGAUAGUUUAGUAUAUUUAUAUCUGUCAUCUCCUUAGACAAAAUGAGUUAAGUUUGAUUUUUCAGAGUCUAUUUAGUAGUAUUUUCCUUUUUACAAGUAAAUAAUGUGAUUCGUUACUGU